GACGACGAACCUGCUUGCCGGAAUACAGCUUGUGAGCUCACAACAUGGACCCAUAUGUCCCCUCAACGGGUGGAAACGUAAAUUCGUCCACCUCCAACCCUUUUCCCAGCAUGACCCAACCAGUACCACCAACGCGCAAGCACGCCCAAUGGAAUCCACAUGAGAACCGGAUUUUCAUUGCGGCGUGCGAGACGGUGAUAGCCGACGGUCGCCGUAACGGAAAGUGCUUCACGAAACACGGAUGGGACCAACUCAUCCGUUUGUUCAAUUCGAACUCCGAUCACUGUUGGACGAAGCAGCAGCUGAAGAAUCAUUGGGAUGGUCUUCGAACGAAACACAAACGUCUGAUGGAGCUUAUUCACAGUACUGGAGUGGAGUACAUCUCCAAAACGGGAUAUAUUGCUGCUUCCGACGACUGGUGGGAGAGAAAGAUGAAGGUACACUGCUUAAUAUGGUCAUUUUUUGCAUUUUACAAAUUGAAUUGCUUUCAAACUGGGAAACUCGUGCAAUGUCCUGCUAUUGAUGUUCUAUUCACUAUGGACCCUCCCCAGUCAGCAUCUUCAUAGUUCUCAGGAUCCUGAUAUUCAUUCUUUUUGCAUAGACUUGCCACGGGAUUUUCUUAAAUAUUUAGGUUCAAUGAUUGGAAUUUAAUCAUGAAAAUAGUGCGAAAAAAGUAAAACUGUUAGAUCUUGAAGAAGGAGACAUGCUAUGCUGUCCUUAUGCGUGUUUGGCCCUCGUAAAUAUUGUCGUCUGUGUUCAAUAUAUAUCAGUAACCCAGAUCCAAGACUUUGGAGUAAUUAGGUGAGUUUCACUAGAAAUGUUGUGUAAUUAGGCUGUGUUUACAGUCAGAAAUCCUAAAUAUAUUGGCCCCAUACGGGAUAAAUGACACAUUCAAGAGGGAAAAAAAGAGAAUCGAUCGCCUCAUAAGGUCAGGAAAAUAGCCAGUUUUAUUCUUAAGAUUCCAGCUGUAUACACAUGGGAUGACGUUUCUUUAUUAUAAAUCACCAACUUCUUGGAAAAUCUGUCUAGAAGC